AGUUUCCUUUUAACUCCUCCUUUAAUGCCCAGUCUGAGCGAUGGAGUCGGAGUCAGGCAUCUCAGAGUGAUCUCAAACUUCACUCGGACUUGAACCGAAUUUAGGAAUAAUUGAAUUUUUUCCCUUAACAUUAGGAACAAUUUGAGUCAACGACAUCUAGAGAGAUAGCGAGCUAACGAAACGGAAAGCAGACGAGGAUUAAAACCCCGCACCGUUACCGCAGCCUUCAGUGUCUCACACCGAGCCGUCAUGUCUACUGCAGGAGACUUUGGGAACCCAUUAAGAAAAUUUAAACUGGUGUUUCUUGGGGAGCAAAGUGUUGGAAAGACUUCGCUCAUCACCAGAUUCAUGUACGACAGCUUCGAUAACACCUACCAGGCCACAAUAGGAAUUGACUUCUUGUCAAAAACGAUGUACCUCGAAGACCGAACAGUGCGUCUGCAGCUUUGGGACACAGCCGGGCAGGAGCGUUUCCGGAGUCUCAUCCCCAGCUACAUCCGCGACUCCACUGUCGCCGUGGUAGUCUAUGACAUCACAAACGUCAACUCCUUCCAGCAGACCACCAAAUGGAUCGACGACGUCAGGACAGAGAGAGGAAGCGACGUCAUUAUCAUGCUGGUCGGUAACAAGACGGAUCUUGCAGAUAAAAGGCAAGUGUCUAUUGAAGAGGGUGAGAGGAAAGCCAAAGAGCUAAGCGUAAUGUUUAUUGAGACAAGCGCUAAAGCUGGCUACAAUGUAAAGCAGCUUUUCCGGCGUGUGGCUGCAGCACUGCCUGGCAUGGAGAGCACACAGGACAAGAGCAGAGAAGACAUGAUCGACGUGACACUGCAAAAUCCUCCAGAACAGCCUGUGAGCGAGAGCGGAUGCUCAUGUUAAGCCUCGUUCUCCAUCCCACUGCCCUCUCUCUCUCUCUCUCUCUCUCUCUCUCUCUGACACACACUUUUUCUUUCUUUUCCCCUGCUUCCUUCCUUGAAUCUGGAGAACACUACUUUGUCCGUCCAUCCAUCCCUCCAUCCAUCCCUCCAUCACCCUUGGCACUGUGCUUUCCGCUGAAUCAGUCAUGACCUUAAGCUUACCAAGCACAGCGUGGAUGUGAAACAAAUCUCAUGUUAUUUUUCCGUUAAAAGUUUCCAGCCCCUUUUCUUUUCUUUUAAUUAAAUAUUUUAUUUAUACCAUGAAUGGCUUGUUGCUGUUGGAGGCUUGCAUCAUGAGUGUAUUUGAAUGAUCUGGGUGGUGUCUAACGUGAGCACUGAACAUUUGAGUUUCCUUUUGAAACGAUCCUGACAAAUUAGACAAAUACUUUUCAGCCAUUAUUGUUCGAGAUAUAUUAUUCGAAGGGCUAUAUAUUCGCUUUGCACGCUAGCACCAGUUCUAAUUCUCCUCCAAGCUCUUGUGGUGUUUACGAAUUGUUGGCAAUAUCCAAGUCUAUAUAUUGAAAAUGGAUCAGUGUCCUUCAGCGGAUAGUGAAGUCAACACAGAUUACAGAUGCUCUUAUAACCUAGAGCAGUUCUCAAAUCCACUUCAAAACUUUUUGUUGUUUUUUAACCUUAGCUGACAUUAUCUUUUCCUUCUUGACUGUUGGGUUCAGUAGCACGCUAGAGAUCCCAGUGUGGUAGCUAUGAAUGAUUUUUUUGUAUAUUAAUGGAAGUAUCAUAGAGGAAACGUUGGAUAUAUCAAUAUGCAGUCAUGCCUUUACAGAGUGUAUUUUAUAGUGCUUCCACUGGCUUUUUGUUAGUGUUAUUAUUAUUUUUGUUUGAUUUAAUGUAAUAUUGACACUUCAGAUUUCCCCCAUUUUAGAUUUUUCUGUAGAUUUUUGUGUUCUGUAAUAUUUAUUUCAACUCUCUCUUUUUGCUUUUUUAAUUUUUAUUUUGCAAGUUUUGUCAUUACAAAGCACACUUUAGCUUUUCCUCAACCCCUCUCGUGGACGGCUGAUUUUAAGCAGCUCAUGAUACAGUGCAAUUUCUUUGAGGUUCUCCCCCCCCCCCCCUUUUCACGAUCCAUCAGCUCUGGCUUGUCUGUUUUUUUUUAAAAACAGUUUUUAACUGUUCGCUGCUGUGUGAUGCUGUGUACAGAAGCUCAUAAUUUGCACUGCUAGACUACAUGAGUCUCUUAUUGAUGUCCCUAAUAAAGACCUUUAUUUAGUAACUGUGACUUUUUAUGGCUGGAUGAUGCACAUAAAGAAAUUCAGAUCUGCAAAGCUGACAGAGCCGCUUGUCACUUUCUGAAACAUUGUAAUCGUCUGUGUAUCUCCAUCGUCUACGCCUCUGAAUUACUCACUAGUCCCACUAGCUGUGCAUUAAAUAGCCUCUUACUCAUGAUAAACUCUACUCUGUGAUUCAUUUCAUCUCUACCCACGAGCUUCUCUCAAUUGCAACAGUUUAAGAAGUUCUAGAUAAUUUUUUUUGAGGAAGAUCAACUUUAUUGUUUAGGGUUAUA